AUGACGACUCAAUAUAUUCAUGGAGAGGAACCGGAGCAUACAGACGGAGGCUACUCCACUGGCCAGCCGAUGGCUGCUUUAAAGCCUCUUGCAUACCAUCAAGCGGCUUAUUCCCAAACCUCGAGUGAAAACAACACUUCAGUACAGCAAGAUUGCUACAAUGACUUCUCUUCUCAAUACGCGAAGGAAGUAGCUUGCCCAGAAUCGAACAUCAAUUUCCGCGGUGUGGAGGACUGCAAAUGGAACGCCAAACCUGCCAGAUUCAAACCGUGCGCCAUUCCUCAGUUGAACAAGCUUUGGUGGGGAGGACCUAAUGCGAAUCCCUUUGUGCGCGCGUGGGCACCCCCACUGACUCUACACGGCAUCUCGAAAGGGGAGUUUCUCAGAUUCAUCGAUGGACUGAACGAAGCCUGGCUUAUCAAUCCAUCACUAAAUUACUUUAGUAUGGCAACUGGGCUCACUGGGUUGGCUCUGACCUUUGAGCCACAUAUAGGCUCGGCCUUCGGGGCUACAUCAUUAGCAGCAACGGCUGCUGCCGCGGUGGUUACGAUGCAACGUACAAAAAGUUACUUGAAAACUUGGAACGAGACACUAUUCAAUCCCGUCGGCUUACAGGCAAGGGUACUCAAAACAGACAGUCUAAUGCAUGUUAUUGGGUAUAAGGGGGGUAACGCAUGGGAGCGAUAUGAACAUAAUAUACAGGGCAGCCAGGGAGUGGAGAUAGGGCCAAACAAUGAUACCAAGGAUCGAUCACAAGAGAAGGUACAAUCUGACAUUCACAAAAUCCUACAGAGAAAACUAGAGCCGAUAGGCUCGUAUGUCAUGCCCCUCACUUUUGAUGCUGGCCCCUCUGUUCAAAUGAAUGGAGUGAUGAAGAAGUGGGGUGCUACGGAGAGUAACCGGAUUGAAAAGCUGCAACUUAAGAUGAUGCAACAUGGAGAGAAGAAAAGAGCAGAGAAAUUCCAAAAAGAGCACCAGACAGCGGAGAACCUACGAAUGCAAAUCCAAGAGCUCACCAUUCUCGGGGAGAAGGAGAGGGUGAUAGCGAACUUAAAGCAAAAGCUUGAACAUGUUGAGAAGGAUAUUGGAAAAAGUUACGACAAAAAGAUCAAAAAAACUGGGAAAGAGGCGGAGAGGGUUCGUUGGAUAGUUAUCACUAGCCUUGAGGACGCAUCGGUAGAAAGGCUGGGCUAUGUUGAAGAGUAA